AGAGAGAGAGAGAUAAGGAUCAAGAGAAAGGGAUAGAGAGUGGGCGUAGGAGGAUAAAGCCGAGUGCAGAAAGUGCAGUAACGAACAGAACCGCCCGGCGCCUUGACAGCCGAGUCGAGUCGAGCUUCUGGUUGGAGAAUUCGAGAGCGCAUGCGUCCCACGUUGAUACGUCAAGCGGCCGAUUACUCAUGUUUGCUCUGGUCCCUCGACGAAGUUGCGACGCAUCGAUCGUCACAUGUGAAUCAUCCCGCUCGCAGCCCGAACGAGGACGCGAAGGCUGCGUAUCGGAAGUUCACUCGAAGGAAACACUUGCGGAACGUUGCGCAAUACGACCCAACUCGCCGACCAAAGAUCCGCGCGAACGGUCGUGUUUCUCGCAAUUUCGCCCACGGACGACGACAGCUCCUUCGAAGAAGAGAAGCUGGAGGCGAAAAAAGAAAGUAAGGAAUAGACGUUCACGUGUCAACCAGACGGCGUGUAUUUACGUUCCUGUGGCAGCCGGUGACCGGCAAGAUGAUCACGACGCCAUAUUUGAGCGCGAUUCAAAAGAUACCGGGCGACACCGCCGGUGAGAAGUUGAAAUGGCUCGGGAAACUGAACUUGGAUCAGGAGAUGGCCAGCGGGGAUAUCGAUCAGCUGCCGUCGGAGCUGCAGCCGAUACUGCACGUGGAGAACGCCGUCAGGAAGAAGAUAUACGAGGACGUGACGUCGGCCUUGAAGUCCGGCGACGUGACGAUAGUGCGACGCGCUCUCCAGGCAUCUUGGUUCUUCAACGGCAGCUGCAAGGACGUCGUGAACGUCGAAUACUUCCGUAAACAGAUCUUCCCGUACGUUUCCGUAAACACGAGGCUGCACAUCAUAAAGACGCUCGCCCUCAGAUUGAAGGAUCCGCAGUUCGCGCGGGAAAUGUUCACUGAAGUGGAGUCCACUUACGGCAUUCAGUACGCUUUGCUGUUGCUCAUGGUGUGCGACGACGAUUUCGCUUACAGCACGAUCGUGACGAAAAAGGUCGAUCUGCCCCUCUCGGUCGCCAAGAAGUUCUUCCGCAGGAACAUGGACUUUAUGGUGCGCUACCUCAGACUGUCCGAUCCGGCCUCAACGGGUUCCUUCCGAGUCAACAUACACGACUACGAGGUAUUCCUGUCGAAAUUGGUGAAGAAACGAUUGGACGCCUUCGUGGAGCUCUAUGAGAUGCACCAGGAAAAUCCGCCGCGCGUGGAACUGAAUAACGUAUGCGCCGACGCGUUCCUGAAAAAUGGGAUGCAUCAUGUGCUGCGAAGGCCGCACUUGUAUAUGAAAAUCUUGCCGCUCAAGAGGAUCAGCGCGGCGCGAAUGGAGAUGAUAUUUCCGAGAUUGAUGCCGGAAAAUGCCGGCUCCUUCGACGUGGACAAACUGCUGAAGUAUUUGAAGUAUUAUCCGAAGGAGAAGAGACUCGAUUUCCUCCGUGCAACUUACAAGACCAAAUACAACGAGGAGUUCCUCGACACGCCGAAGAACGUGACGCCGGACAUACUGAAGCUGAUGCCCGCCGAGGAACGGAUCAAGCACGCCAGAAUCAAGAUGGCGGAAGAGGAGAACGAAUUCCGAGACGACGACCUGGACGUCAUGUCCUACGAGACUGUUUGGCUCUGUUACUUGCCCACCGCGGAGUCGAUACCUUCUUUUACAAAUUCGAUGAAGACCGCGAUGACGCCGGACGAGAGGGUCGGAUUGAUGUGGCGGAUGCUCUAUACGUGCAGCGUGAACAACGACGAGGACGCGUUGCUCGACUUCAUGAAGUACUUCCUGACCAGGCAUAAAAAUGAGGAGGACUGGGUGUACGAUCGAGUGUUGGAUAGGAUCAACGUGUUCUACGACCUGCCUCGCUUGAGCGAGAGGAUCUGGGCUGUCUUGUCUGACAUCAUCGCCAUGUUUUUCGUGAAAUACGGCAAGGCGACGGAGGUCGUUAUUUUGGGCCUGCUUCACUACAGACUCCUUCACGACAUGCCGAUCACAGAGACGGUCGAGAUGGUCCUGAAGUCUCAAUUGAAGCGAGGCUGUGUGAACUUCGACUAUAUCUUCAGGAAGGAGCCAUACUGCAAGAGACGGUUCCUCGUCACCUGCAUAGAACUAGUAGAGGAGAAGGUCAAGGCUGACAAGUGGAAGGAUCACAAAAACGAGCUGGUGUUCAGUAUCGUCUAUGCGAUGUACAAUUUUAAUGAGAAGUACAGCAAGUCGCGCACGUUCGAAAGUAUGAGGAUCAACGACUAUCCUUGGCUGCUCCGCACUCUCUACCAGGACGUGAUCCAGGACGCGCCCUAUCACUAUUACAAUCGGAGUGUAGCCAGUUUGUUUCGCAAGCACGAGCCGGAACUGUACCGUUCUUGGUUCAAGGAGAAGAAAGACGACCGCAUCGAGUAUCUGAAAUCGGGCGUGACGCUGAGACUGUUGAACCAGAAUACGCAGACGAUAUUGGAUAACUGGAAAGAGUAUUUGACCGCCUGUCUGACUUAUUACCACGACAAAAACGUGCAUCGCUUCGUCAGAGCGACACGUUGGUACAAGGACCUGCCUAUCUGGUUUCUGGAGUACUGCUGGGAGAAUCUACAGCAGAAGAAAGAGGGCAGUUACCUGGCCAUCAUGGCGCUGCUGCUUCAUGGCGACACCGUGGCGAAGUUGGUGGAGCCUCUGAUACCCACGGAGACAACGGUGAACAUCAGCAACGAGAAUGCCGGGGAAGAUUACGCUUUCGUGCAAAAUUUGCCGUUCGUCAUGAAACUUUCGAAUCCGCCCGUACCCCUCAGACUGAUCGGCAGAUUAUGCGAAGGGGAUUACCUCCGGCUGGCGUUGUCGGCGCUGACCAGCGUGUGCAGGCGGUCCCCGUUGCCGGAGGUGAUGUCGUUCGCGGCGAAUCUCUCGGACAAGCGCGUCGGCGUGACGAAGCACGGCGUACGAAUGAUGUGCUUGGUGGCGCCCGUACGGCAACUCGAGACCUUCCUCCUGUUCAUGUGGAAUAAAUCGAAGCACCACUCGAUACGGGCCCUCCUGCUGAAAAGCGCCCAGGACCUGUUGUUCAAGAACCCGAAUAACCACAGUUGGUCCUUGUUGAAGAAUCUGAUCUCGACCAUGGAUGUCACGGACAACUUGUUGUUCUCGAAACUCAAUGCGAAUUUGGUGCCCCCCGAAUACGCCGUGAAUUACAUCGAGCUGCUCUUCGACGUGAUACACGAUCUGUGGGAGAAGGGGCUGCCGGUGAAGGAGACGCUGUCGUGCAUCACCGGUAUGUUGAAGAUGUUCACCGGGCCGACCUGCGACCAACUGCCCAGCAGCUUCGUCGAGAAGCUCAUGCGAAGGUACCUGUUUCACGAGGUGAACGACAUCUCGAAUUCGACGAUCACCAUCGUGUGCUCGUACCUGUUGUCGGUCAACGAGACGCACGAGACGCGCAUGGAGAUCUUCUCCGACAUCUUCAAGAAGGAAGUGAAGCGAGGCUGGGACAAGAAAGACCCGAAGAAGAGUAGCUUUUAUCCGGUCAACUACACCGUCGGCUGCCUCAUAUGUAGCUUCGUGACCGAAGCCUCCUCCGUAAACAGGCAAGUCGAUACGCGGGUCAUCGGCGAAAUGCUGGACAUAUUCCUGUCCGUCCUAACGCCUGAAAUGGAUCCUUCGUCUUACUUGCUGUUGGUGUACGCGCAAGAACAGGCAAGGACGAAGAGCAAGACACCCGAAGAGUACGGCCUGCACAUCGGCAGGAAGAUACCCGAACUGGUCGAGACGUUUUCGCUGAUGCUCGUGCCCCUGAUGACCGACACUCUCAAGAACUUGCUCAACAUAUGCCACGCAUUCGACGGAAACUUAAUCACGGAAAUGCAAACGAGGCUCGGCGUCGCGGAAGGCCUCAUCGGGGCCGGUAACAUGGAAUCCUGCUGCAUGGCCGCGUGCUUGGUAUCGGAGUACAUACCGUGUCGCAACGUGAGAUACCAUGAACUUAUGAGCAAGCUCUUGAACAUGAAUUACCCCGCCGUCAGCUGUCUCCUGAACGAGCGUAAAAACCGCAUCGACUACAACAGCUUCAUCUACCCCGCUGACAAUUGACAAUGGAGCAGCAGCGGCAGCUGCUGAUCCUCCACCAGCCGAGAGUAAGCCGCGGGCGGGCAAGCUCUGUUUUCACGCACGUUCUACAUCCCGAGUGACGUUCGACGAUCGCUAUUUCCGGUGUCCCGCGAUUCCUCGUUGCGCAAUCAACGAUUUCACUCGCGAACCUGUGCGAACUGUGUACUUUUGCGCGCGAGUCCUCCCCCCCCCCCCCCCCCCNCCCAUCGCCGUCGCUCCUCCGAAUCACCGACAAGAUAUAUCAACCGUACACAUCAGUGAGUUCUCACUCUGAAGUGACCGUUUUCUUUUUAUUUCGAUGAAUAGAUGGACAGUUGAGGCCUUUAACACGCUAUUGGUGGUUUUCCAGGGGCAAUAAGCGCGCAGCGCAAUAAAUGUUGCUGGUUAACGACUCGAGACGAUUGCAACAGCUCUUUGCGAUCUUCGCGUCUUCAAGUUUUUUAGAUGUUUAACGGGCUUGUACAGAAACCGACGCGUGCGAUAAACGCGACGGUAUAACGUUAAUCCUAUAAUAAAAUUUUUAAACAGCG